CUCCGGUUUGACGAUCACCUCUCGGAUUGCAUUCGGAUUGUCAACGGUCUCGUCCAGGGAGACCCGUUCUCCAUGCUGUUAUAUGUGGUGUAUGCGUCACGGCUACUGCGGGUAGCGAAGGGCAGGAAGGAGGGAGCGUUUGGGUAUGUGGACGAUGCUUCCCUGCUGGCGAGGGGGAAGACGUAC